CCCUGCUCCACCCUCGAAGCCCUUCUGAUCGCUGCAUAUACCUGCCUAGACUUCGACCUCACUUCCACAGCCGCCUGCGAUCUGCGCACGGCGUCUUUUGAGCCUUGCACGUCAUUGACCCAGUUUGAAGCGGCAAGAACCCCCUCGCACGACAGCACCCACGACAACAAGCGACACCCAUCUGCAGAACAACGCCAGCCCCCGCAUACCCAACAUGGAUACCAAUAUGGAGGAUGUCAAGAUUUCCGAGCCUAUGCAGAUGUCGUCAGUUCCGCUCACCGAGCCCGCAUCAAUUCCGACGCUGGACGGCUGGAUUGAGGGUCUCAUGAACUGCAAACAGUUGGCGGAGAGUGACGUGCAGAGACUUUGCGAUAAGGCUCGUGAGGUUCUUCAGGAGGAGUCAAACGUGCAGCCAGUCAAAUGCCCUGUCACGGUGUGCGGUGAUAUCCAUGGCCAGUUUCACGAUUUGAUGGAGCUGUUCAAGAUCGGUGGCCCCAAUCCCGAUACCAACUAUCUGUUCAUGGGAGACUACGUCGACCGAGGCUAUUUCUCCGUCGAGACCGUGACCCUCCUCGUUGCACUCAAGAUUCGAUACCCCCAGCGCAUCACGAUCCUGCGUGGUAACCACGAGUCGCGACAAAUCACUCAAGUGUAUGGCUUCUACGACGAGUGCUUGCGAAAGUACGGCAACGCCAAUGUCUGGAAAUACUUCACGGAUCUCUUCGAUUAUCUGCCGCUCACCGCUUUGAUCGACAAUCAGAUCUUCUGCCUCCACGGUGGGCUGUCUCCCAGCAUCGACACCCUCGACAACAUCCGCGCUCUUGAUCGGAUACAAGAGGUGCCGCACGAGGGACCAAUGUGCGAUCUCCUCUGGUCGGACCCGGACGACAGGUGCGGCUGGGGCAUAUCUCCCCGAGGUGCUGGAUACACCUUUGGCCAGGACAUCUCCGAGGCCUUCAACCACAACAACGGCCUAACCCUCGUAGCAAGGGCACAUCAGCUUGUCAUGGAAGGGUACAAUUGGUCUCAGGAUAGGAACGUGGUAACGAUAUUCUCUGCGCCAAACUACUGCUACAGGUGCGGCAACCAGGCGGCUAUUAUGGAGAUUGACGAGCAUCUGAAGUAUACCUUCUUGCAGUUCGACCCGUGCCCGCGAGCUGGUGAGCCUAUGGUGUCUCGCAGGACUCCGGACUACUUCCUUUAAAGUGGCGCCGUACCUCAUGUUUCUUAAAACAGCAUCAUAGAAGGGAAUUGCAUUAGUCUAUUCCAAUAAUUGCAGGGCGCAGCUUCGUUAGUAAUGACUUCUAGCGUCGUGAAGCCUGGAGGGAGGCGGCCAGCCUUGAAGUGCCCUGGGCACAACCACAGGGUGGAUAAGGGCGAAUUGCGGCGACUCACAGAAUCUGAUAGCGUUUGGUGGGUGCCUUCAGUAUGACAGGUGAUAUACGACAAAGGAAACACAUUUGAGAAAGGCCCUCUUGAUGUAAAGUGACUAUGACACGCAGACAAAAUCUAUCAAA